GGGGUUCCGGUACAGAAGGAUGGGGAACAGCUCUCUAUGGAGGACACCACAUCCAUUCUUCCUCGGCUGAAGAAGAGAAACUCCAACGCCUAUGGCAUCGGUGCUCUGGCUAAGUCCUCACUGUCAGGUGUGUCAGGUGUGACGCGGUCGAUGAAGGAUAAGGUGACCAAGCCCACGGCCAUGGCCCAGGGUAGGGUGGCACAUAUGAUUGAGUGGCAAAGCUGGGGCAUGCAGACGGUCGGGGCAGGGGGCGGCUCCGGGGGGCGGACCUCCACCCUCCAUCUCCAACAGGAGCGCAAGCUGGAGAAUGACGCCUACAGCGACCUCAGCGACGGAGAGAAGGAGGCACGAUUUGCUGCUGGAGUCCUGCAGCAGUUUGCGAUCUCGGAGGCGACGUUGCUGGCCUGGAGCUCCAUGGACGGCGAGAGCACAAGCGCUGGUUCGAACCAGGGGAGUGUGGCUCAUUUGAGCGAGGCCAACCAGGAGAGCAUCACCAGCCGAGACCAAGUAUUACAUCACUCUUCUGCAGAGGUGUGGCCUCACACCUACGUCUCCCAGGGCCUCUACUGCCUGUCGUCCUCCGACGCCUGGGAGCCAAUCAGCAACGACCCGUCGGGCGUGGCUUCCCCUGCCGCUGGCUCGUACGUCAUGGCAGGCGGGACAUCGUGCGAGGGCAGCUACGACGGGAACCCAGCCCACUUCCUGUCCCAGCAGCAGCAGUUCAGCCUUCAGCAGCAGAAUCAUUUACAACAGAUUCAACAGUUACAGCAGAUACAGCAGUACCAGCAGCAACAAAUACUGCACUACCAGCAACAGCAACAGUUUCUGGAGCAGAGGCUACAGAGCGCCACCCAGUCCUUACAAGUCACACCCAACAGCACCAUCCACAGUCUCCCUCCGCUCACUCACCCGCCAUUGGUGGAUUUAUGGGGGCCGGGGCAGGCAGAGGCCUAUCAGGGAGAAGUGGGCGGGUACAUGGGCGUGUCUGCAGUCGUGGAAGGGAAUCUGACGGCGCCCGCCACGGAGGAAAUGGGAACGGAGCACUCUCCCCUCCUGGAGUCGCAAGAAGAAGAGGAGGUCAAAGAGGAAGAGGUGACGUUGUGUAUGGAGCCUGAGCCGGUGAGGUUAAGCCCGUCUCCAGCGGCGACAGAAGUGACCUCAGCGGGUGGAAGCAGUCCGGGACAAACCCCCGGGGAGCCAAUCGUGGAACGGAAGGCCUCCGAUGUCAUAUCCUCUGUCAUUGAGACGCUGGAGGAGAAAGAGGAGGAAUCGGAAUCCUCCUCAGCUGUGGACACAACAGCCAACUGA